UGUGCCGCCCUUGUACGAUACCAGUGACGAUGAGCGUGAAGGAGAGCUUUUCGGAGGACGAAGCCUGGAGGAACGAACACUCCUACAAAUGGUACGACCUAGGCACAUCCGUGAUCCACCCAUAUCUGGCGAGCAUGCUGUUGCGGGUUUCUCCAGUAAGGGGCGACGGAGCUCAAAGGCUGACGGCGAACGAGGUGAAGAUGACAACGUGGAGAGUGCGAAUGACGAAGACGAAAAAAGUAUCGGGGACGCACUUCGUAUUUUUUCGCGCCAUUUUGCUGCUG